UUCAAUUUGAACUAAUUUCUACUAAUUAAACAAAAUUUAAAGUAUAUGAAUAACCAUGAAAUCAUCAUCAAAAUAAUAAAUUAAUCAUUUAAAUACAUUAAAGUGCUUUAAUUAAAGAAAGUGUAAGUAAAUUAUAAUUUUCUGCAUUAGACAAUACCACAGUAAGUAAACCCAAAUAUGUGCUAACCUUGGCCAUUAAAAUCUGGUUCAUCUUGCAUAUCUUAAAUUCGUCUUCAUUAAGGUGGGAGACGCGACUAUAUAAGCCAACCACCAAUCUUCAUAUGCACCAGACUCAUUACACAUUCCAUUCAUUAACCAUGAACCGAGUAAUCGUGGCUUUGGCCCUUUUCGGAUUUGCGGCCUGCGGCCGCCUGGAAAACAAAUAUCUGCCUCCUAAUCAAGGGGGUAGGGGCUACUCCAACGGGGCUGGUGCUGCAUUUGCUCCUAAACCUUCCGGUUUGUACAGUGCACCGUCUGGACUGUCUGGUGCUGGGCACUUUGGUGGAUCAGCAGCCGGACAAUACUCCGGUUCUGGUGCCGGACAUUUCGGUGGCUCAGCAGCCGGACAAUACUCCGGUUCUGGUGCCGGACAUUUCGCUGGCUCAGCAGCCGGACAAUACUCCGGUGCUUCCGGACACUACGACGGUGCUGGUGCUGGCCAAUACUCCGGUGUUGGACAAUACAAUGGUCAACAUCCUGGUGCUCAGAUUCCCAUCUUGCGUUUGGAAAACAACAACAACGGUGAUGGCACCUACAACUAUCUGUACGAAACUGGGGACGGCAUCAACGCCCAAGAACAAGGAAAAGGUGGUGUAGGAGCUGAAGGCGGCUUCUCCUACACUUCCCCCGAGGGACAACAAAUUCAAGUCAGCUACACCGCCGACGAAAACGGCUUCCACCCACAAGGAGCCCAUCUUCCAACCCCACCACCAAUCCCCGAAGCCAUUUUGAGGUCUAUUGAGCUGAACAAGGCCGCUGCUGCUCGUGGUGAAUACCAAGAAGGUGCCUACAAUGAAGGUUCUUACAACGAAGGUCCAAAGGCUCAAUACGGUGCACCAGCUCCUCAAGCUUUCGGAGGGGCUUCCUUCGGUGCUCCCAGGCCACAGUAUGGAGCUCCAGCUCAACAAAAUAACGGUGGAUACAGAUACUAGACGAAUGUGCCAUAAGUGUUCUUAGCAGUCCUUUUUAAUAUAUUUUUGUAAA